AUGUUUCGCAUUCCUGCGGUAGUGACGGUGCUCUUUAUGACGACUAACGCGCAAUUGCACAGGAUUCCAUUGUACAAGAUGGAUUACAUUCAAUCUUUGGAAAAAGUUGACAAGUUGGUAGAAGAUUUUUCGUUAAGUGACGAUCUUCCUUCCGGAAAUUUGACCAAUUACAAAAACGUAAAUUACUAUGGCAUUAUUAAAAUUGGAACUCCGCAGCAAGAAUUUAAAGUUGUAUUUGAUACUGGUUCCCCAUUUUCAGGACAUAAUCUAUAUGAUAGUGCAAGAUCCGAGACAUACGAUAAUACAGUAAAAAGAUUUUCACGUUUUCAAUAUGGCUCUUGCGGUGUAGAAGGAUACUUAGCUGCCGAUAAAGUGAAUGUUGCCAAUCUCAAUGUUCAGAAUCAAAUAUUUAUGGAAGUAACUAAUAUGUUAAGAAUAUAUCCUAAUUUUUCUAGACCAUACGAUGGUAUCUUGGGCCUGAGUUAUUCCAACAUAUCUGCCAGUCGAAUAAUGUCUGUUUUCGACAACAUUAUUGAACAAGAUCUAGUAUCACCACACAUUUUCAGUUUUUAUCUAAAUAGAGACACUUCAGCCGAUUUAGGUGGUGAAUUGACAUUGGGUGGCUCCGAUCCCGCUUAUUACGAAGGGGAUUUCACAUAUAUUCCUGUUACUCGCAAAGGAUACUGGCAAAUUAUAAUUGAUAGGAUCAAAAUGAAAUUUGACUAUUUGUGUGAGGAAAGUUGCCAAGCUAUCGUUGAUACAGGCACUUCGCUAAUAUUAGGACCACAAUUGGAUAUCGCAAAGAUUAAUACAUUUAUUGAAGUUGAUGAAAGUAGUAGGGUGGACUGCAAUCAAAUUUUCCAAUUGCCUAUAAUCAGGUUUAUUAUGGGCGGUAAGGCGUUCGAUCUUACCGGUAAGGAUUACAUCAUUCGGCAUCCAGAUGAUGAAAGUAUAUGUAUAUCCAUUUUCUCCACAUACGACUCAUAUGACAGUGAAAUAAAAUGGAUACUGGGCAUGCCAUUUAUUGGCCGUUACUACACCGAGUUUGAUAUGGAGAAAGACCGAGUGGGAUUUGCUUUGGCGAAAAGUUCAUCCAAAUGUAUAGAAAGCCUUUCGUUGUCACAUUUUAUUGUAUACUUUAUAAUAAUUUUUGUAAUUAGUUUUCUAGUUAGUUUAGUUUUCAAUAAGAAUGAAAUUAAUUUUAGAAAUUAAUUUUAGAAUUUUAGAAAUUAAUCUUUUUUAAUCGACAACCGGCAAAGUUUGCAUGUCAUCAAUGUGAAUUUUUGCGCUAUAUGUACAUAAUUGUGUUUUAAUUUUUAAAAGCAAAACUUUAUCGUGAAUGUAGCUGAUAUGAACUUAUUGCUAAUUAGAAUGCGAAUUUUUGCGAGCAGUAUCAUUUGUUAAGUUCAUUGUCGCAUUGCCGUCUAGUCGAUAUAAUCAAUCUAUUCUUUUAAAACGCCGAUUGCGUCUUCAUUAUCAUUCUUAAUCACGCGCACAAUUAAAAAUUUAUCUUAUUACAAUUUGUUUUAAUUAUAAAACAUAAUAUUAAAUAAAAUAAUUUUAAAUUUGAUUGAUCGGUAGGACGCAUGUGUUUCGAAUUCGUGCGAUUGUAUAGCCAAAUUUAGAUAAACGAGAGCUCUAAGGGCUUAUCC